CUGCACAAGGUGACCUAUUACAACCAAACGGCUAAUUACCGCUUGGAGUCUACAGCAAGCACGCUAUGCGCAGAAUCCCAGUAAGUGUUUAUUGGUUAUUACAAGGUAACCGGCUUGCUUCUACUAUCCUCUGGAGAAGCGGUGUAUGCCUAGCAGUUAUCACCAGGCAGUGGCACCGCUGGGAGCUCUCGAGUGGAGGUCGGAGCCCAAGUGACGAAUUAAGAGCGGUCAUAGUGAGAACCGUAAGUAUUAAACAUGUUUUGCUGAUCCUACCUACGGCUGCUACUUGCCAAACUCGACGAUUCUUCGUCUUGCAGACGACCGAUUGGCGUUCCAGCAUCCAGAGUCAAGGUGGAGAUGAUAAUUUAGAUGGAAUUUCUCUGAAGAAAUGAGGAGUUAGUGUCACACCCCAAGUCAAAAUCUAGGCAACUCAGUCGAGUCAUUGGUUGAUGACAUUCAUUGCCUCAAAUUUCAAACUCGGAGGCUGGCAACAACCGUCCUCAUCCGAGCCCAGAAUAGGUACCGGUAUACUCCUCCCAACCGUGCAG